AUUCGGCCUAAAAGCAACUUCAGUCUGAAAAGGGGGAAGUUGGGGACUGAGAUUGUCCCUAUGGUAUUUGUAUCUGGUCAUAAUUCACCGGCAUAUUCCGAUCGCCGGACGACGAAAAGCCAUCCAUUUUCCUCCAUCUCCGGCAACUGGAUGACUUCUAGAAAGAGAAUAAAUCAAGUAGUUCGAGCUGCAAUUUGCUAAAAUCAGAGUUUGGUAGGGUUUAAUUUGACUUUGAUAUUGUUAGGAUUCUCCAUGGAAGUACCUGGUAGACGUUCGAAUUAUGCAAUGUUACAGCAGCAACCGCCAUACGAUGAGUUUAAUUCAGAUGAGAAGAGCAAUAGUAGAAGUGAUAAGGGAUUAUAUUGGGACUUGAUUGAUCGCCGAAUAGGUACGACGCCGUUUCAAGCCUCGAUUGUGUUACCGACGCAGUCAAGUGAGGGUAGCUUUGCUGAAAGUUCAAUUUCUGGAGUUUCAUUUGGGCAUAUGAAUGCUAAUUCAGGUGGUGGAGGUUCGUUGUCCAAAAGUUGGGCUCAACAGACUGAGGAGAGCUACCAGCUGCAGUUAACGUUAGCUCUGAGGAUCUCUACUGAAGCAACCUGCGCUGAUGAUCCCAAUUUGUUGGAUUAUGUGCCAGAUGAAUCAGUAUCCCAUGCUUCAGCUUCAUCUGCAUCAGUGGAGGCAAUGUCUCAUCGAUUCUGGGUAAAUGGGAGCUUAUCAUACUUUGACAAAGUCCCCGAUGGAUUUUACUUGAUUCAGGGGAUGGAUCCAUAUAUCUGGACACUCUGCUCAGAUCUGCAAGAAAGUGGUCGUAUCCCAUCAAUUGAAUCCCUGAAGGCUGUUGAUCCCUCUGUAGUACCAUCAGUUGAAGUGAUUUUGAUUGAUCGGCGAAGUGAUCCCAGGUUAAAGGAACUACAAAAUCAAAUUCAUAGCAUGUACCGUAGUUGCAACACCACAAAAGAGGUGGUUGAUCAGCUUGCAAAGUUGAUCUGCAAUCACAUGGGAGGCGCAGCUUCUGUCGGAGAAGGUGACUUCAUUCCUAUCUGGAAGGAGUGCUGUAAUGACCUGAAGAAUUGUAUAGGAUCCAUUGUGUUUCCCAUUGGUAGCCUUUCUGUUGGCCUUUGUGGACAUCGCGCAUUGCUGUUUAAAGUUCUGGCGGACAUCAUUGAUUUACCAUGUCGAAUUGCCAGAGGAUGUAAAUAUUGUAAAAGAUCCGAUGCUUUCUCAUGUCUAGUUCGAUUUGGCCUUGACAGGGAAUACUUGGUUGAUUUGAUUCGGGAUCCAGGAUGUUUAUCUGAACCAAAUUCAUUGCUCAAUGGUCCAUCUUCCAUCUCGAUUUCUUCACCAUUGCGCCUUCCGAGAUUUGGACAAGUUGAACCUGCCAUGGAUUUCACGUCAUUGGCCAAACAGUAUUUUUCGGAUUGUCUAUCACUUAAUCUGGUCUUUGAUGAUUCUUCAGCAGGAACUGCAGUUGAUGGGGAUGCUGGACAAACGGACAGAAGUUCCAUGGAUAGAAGCAGUGCAGUUCUUAGUUCAAACAAUCGUGAUGAAGUUUCACGGUUACCUCUGCCUCCAAUAAAUGCAUGGAAUAAGGGAUGUGAUAAAGGCUCUCAACUUCCUGCAUUAUAUUACCCUCCAAAUACGUCUACCUCAAUGCGCCAGGAAGAGGAUUUGAUUCAUUUGAAAAACGUCCCUCCAAUUAGGUAUGGAGAUGCUCAACUGAUUGCAAUAUCUGAGGCAAGGACAGAUACCAUUAAUGACCAGAGGUACUUUGAGGGAGGGAGACUUGCUCCUGCUAAACCAAGUCGAGAACUUGUUCUUGAUGUAGAAGAUCUGGUUAUUCCCUGGAAUGAUCUGGUUCUGAAGGAGAGAAUUGGGGCAGGGUCUUUUGGUACUGUUCACCGUGCUGACUGGAAUGGCUCUGAUGUUGCUGUGAAAAUUCUCAUGGAACAGGAUUUUCAUGCAGAGCGAUACAAGGAAUUUUUGCAAGAGGUUUCAAUUAUGAAGCGGUUGCGACAUCCAAAUAUUGUGCUUUUCAUGGGUGCUGUUACUGAGCCACCAAACUUGUCUAUAGUUACAGAAUAUUUAUCAAGAGGUAGCUUAUAUAGGCUUCUUCAUAAACCUGGUGCGAGAGAGGUUUUGGAUGAAAGGCGUCGGUUGUGUAUGGCUUAUGAUGUGGCAAAGGGGAUGAAUUAUCUUCACAAACGCAAACCACCCGUUGUUCACCGUGAUUUAAAAUCUCCAAAUCUUCUGGUGGAUAAAAAAUAUACAGUGAAGGUCUGUGAUUUUGGUCUUUCUCGAUUAAAAGCUAAUACAUUUUUGUCAUCAAAGUCAGCUGCCGGGACUCCAGAAUGGAUGGCACCUGAAGUUCUCCGUGAUGAGCUGUCAAAUGAGAAAUCUGAUAUAUACAGCUUUGGUGUCAUCUUGUGGGAGCUGGCAACAUUGCAACAACCUUGGAGUAAUUUGAACCCACCACAGGUAGUAGCAGCUGUUGGCUUUAAGGGUAUGAGGCUUGAAAUUCCACGUGACUUGAAUCAUCCGGUGACAACUAUUAUUGAAGCUUGCUGGGUGAAUGAGCCGUGGAAACGCCCCUCUUUUUCCACUAUCAUGGAUAUGUUGAGACCGCUCAUAUAACUCUUGCAACACAACCAGAUUGUACAGACAUGCAGUUCCUCACGUAAAUGCUGUAGUAAAUGUAUGAUUCCUGCACAUCUUUGGCAUUCUUUAUUAAUUAUGUUUCUGGGAGGAAGAGCUUGGACUAUAUCUGGUUUGUGUAUCUUGAUGUCUGUCUCUUGAAUCUAAUGAAUUUAAGAAAUGUUGCCCCUUUGGUAUGGUAACAAUUAGUCCAAUUUUAAGAGUGUCACACUUGAGUUAGUUCGAAGUAGUUGAAAUUUGGUGUAAACUUCUCGCCUUGACAUUUUCUCCGAGUUGUGAUAUUCUCGGAACACUGAUUGAGCAUCUGAGUGUUGUUUCCGUAUGUUAAGUUCAGCAUUUCCUUUCCCUAGGCGUGACAUCUAUAGGAGGAAAUUUUUAUUGAGAGUUCCAGCUUAACUUUUUUUUGUUUUGUUUUUGUUAACCGUGGUGUCCGGGCUAAAACAUAAGGGUUCCUCUCAAGGUUCGUCUAUGGAGCGUGGGUCAAUGCCUAAGAUCAGACCAAAGUGGAUGGACAACAUGUGAAUAUUCCUGUACUAACUUGCGCGCACCUCAACUAAUAGGCUUGUAUUCUGUACAUAUUAGUUCUAACUUCUGACUCCCUGUGGAGGAUACCAAUUCUUUUCGCGAUUCAAGCAACUGUCUUUGCCUAACAGAAGAAACAUUUGCACUUGGUAUUUGGCUUAGUGAUGCUGUUGAUGCUAGCAAUCAUGGGUUUCUGCAUCUGUCCAGGAUUGUUUAGUAUAUACAAGAACUAUAAUAGGACGUUGUAAUAUAUACGUAAAUAAUAUUCUCUUCAGCGGCGAAAUAAGCUAGCAGUCUUUUCCCAUUGAUGAUCACAAUUAACAAUUUUUGGUGGCCCUAAAGACGCCAUCUACGUACGAAACCUAUUCAAAUGUAAUUGUAUUUGAUCUUAAUUCGUAUUCGUUGAAAAAUAGAGGAAGAUCGAAUUGCUGAUGAA